AUGGGGAUAAGGUAGCUUCAAGAUCAUCCUGUAUUCAAAGCAGAUAGAAAUAGAAUAUAUGAUGAUGCACUUAAUCUCGCAAUUUCAAAGAAAUAAAUGUUCAAGUUAAAUCCUGAGAUUAUCGAAUUUAGAUUUGGGCAAGAAGUUUAUCAAAUAGGCUCUGAUAGCAGAGUUGGAGCUUGGAAUGGAAAUCAUGCGGUCAGAAUGAAAUGGAAUCAUGGACAUCUGUGGAAUAUGUAAUACAAUAAAUCAGAACUCCCUUUGAAAUUUGAAUUCAAGUUUGUUAUAAAGGAAGGCAAUACCAUUGUCAGAUGGGAAGAAGGAAUGAAUCACGUACAUGACCUAGACAAGUAUCUUGAGAAAUUCAAGCAGACCGAAAUUAUGAAGUAAAUUCAGGCAGGAAAAUAUGAUGAGAUUGAAAUAGAAUUCGAAAAAGAGAAAAUAGCAUAUAAUAGAGUCAAUAAAGUAUUCAUAUUGCACACUCUGUGGCAAAACAAAUGA